AUGGAAACACCAGAGGAACUUUCUCUGGGGGGGUCCAAAGAUCACACCAACAUUGUCAAGGGGAAAAGAACCAAAAGGGUCAGGCCACAAUCCCCUAUCCCCUUCUCCAUCACUGCCAAUUCCUCCACCGGAGAUGGAGAAAGAGAAGAUUGCUACAAUGUUGAUGACAACACCAACACCACCAUCAACAAAAAUGAUGAUUUUAAUAAUAAUAACAGCUCUCCCACCACAUCUUCUGCAGGAUUACAAGACAGCACAGAUGAAGAGGAGGACAUGGCCAAUUGCCUCAUCCUUUUAGCACAAGGACAAUCCCGGGAAUCUCCUAGACAUGCCGAGGAAGAUGUGGGCAUUAACUACGCCAAGUACAGCAGUAGAAAAUUCUUGGAAGCGGCCACCCUGGGGUCUAGCAGGGCAGGGUACUAUGUUUAUGAAUGCAAGACAUGCAACAGAACUUUCCCUUCGUUUCAAGCACUUGGAGGCCACAGGGCCAGUCACAAGAAGCCUAAGGCAAUGAUGGCCAUUGGCCAAGAGAAGAAGCAGCAACACCUUUUGUCAUCAGAUGAGGAAGAGUUUCAAUUGAAGACCAAUAAUAAAUCACCAUUUUCCCUACAACUGAAUUCGAAGGGGAAUUUGUACAACAAGUCCAAGGUCCAUGAGUGCUCCAUCUGUGGUGCUGAAUUCACAUCAGGGCAGGCACUGGGAGGCCACAUGAGACGCCACCGCGCCCCCGUUGGGAUCCCCACCACACUCUCCUUCACCCCUUUGGCUUUGGAACCAGAAGAAGAUCAGCCCAGAAAGAAAAGAAAUGUGUUGAACUUGGAAUUGGAUCUCAACCUCCCUGCCCCUGAAGAUGAUCAAAGAGAAUCCAAGUUUUCCUUUGCAUCCAAGCAACAACAACAUGGACAGAAACAACAACAGCAGCAGCAACAACCACAAACAAGUCUUGUCUUCCCUGCCCCAGCUUUGGUGGAUUGUCAUUACUGA